GGCUCCUCGCAGAGCUGCCAGACCUGCUCCUGCAGCCACCAGGGAGUCCCGCGGCCAGGCUAACACCUCUCCCACCAGCCUGCUUCUCAGAGCAGCAGCUGUUGCUACCGGCUGUCCCCAGGGGCAGGGCCUUCUCCACUUUUGUGCUCUGAUCGAGAUGUGGUAACCUCUUUCCCUGGGCCCCACAGGCCCUAUAAAGGGAGGCUGGUUCUAGUGGGACCAGCUCGGCCACCUCCUCAGUGCCAGGAUCCCGCUGGAAAGAGUUUGUUCUCUCACUUCUGGAGAAGAUGCAGACACAGGAGAUUCUGAGGAUACUGCGGCUGCCUGAGAUGGGUGACUUGGGCCAGUUCUUUCGCAGCCUGUCGGCCACCACCCUUGUGAGUAUGGGUGCUUUGGCUGCCGUCCUCGCCUACUGGUUUACUCACCGGCCGAAAGCCUUGACUCCACCAUGUGAUCUUCUGAUGCAGUCGGAAGAAGUGGAGGGCAGUGGUGGGGCCCGGCGAUCUGUGAUUGGAGAAGGCCCUCAGUUACUUACCCACUACUACGAUGACGCCCGGACCAUGUACCAGGUGUUCCACCGGGGCCUUAGCAUCUCAGGGAAUGGGCCUUGUCUUGGCUUCAGGAAGCCCAAGCAGCCGUACCAGUGGCUUUCCUACCAGGAGGUGGCUGACAGGGCUGAAUUCCUGGGAUCUGGGCUUCUCCAGCACAACUGCAAAGCAAGUACAGAUCAGUUUAUUGGUGUUUUUGCACAAAAUCGGCCUGAGUGGAUCAUUGCAGAGCUGGCCUGCUACACAUAUUCCAUGGUGGUGGUCCCUCUGUACGACACCCUGGGCCCCGGAGCGAUCCGCUACAUCAUCAAUACAGCGGACAUCAGCACUGUGGUCGUGGACAAGCCUCAGAAGGCUGUGCUGCUGCUAGAGCAUGUGGAGAGGAAGGAGACACCCGGGCUCAAGCUGGUCAUCCUCAUGGAGCCGUUUGAGGACACCCUGAAAGAGAGAGGGCGGCAGUGUGGGGUCGUCAUCAAGUCCAUGCAGGAUGUGGAGGACUGUGGCCAAAAGAAUCACCAUGCUCCUGUGCCCCCACAGCCUGACGACCUCUCCAUUGUGUGUUUCACAAGUGGAACAACAGGGAACCCCAAAGGUGCGAUGCUCACCCAUGGGAACGUGGUGGCUGAUUUCUCAGGCUUUCUGAAAGUGACAGAGAAAGUGAUCUUUCCGAGACAGGACGAUGUGCUCAUCUCCUUCCUGCCUCUGGCUCACAUGUUUGAGAGAGUGAUCCAGUCUGUCGUCUACUGCCAUGGAGGGCGCAUUGGCUUCUUCCAAGGAGACAUCCGCCUCCUCUCAGAUGAUAUGAAAGCUCUACGCCCCACCAUCUUCCCUGUAGUCCCGCGACUGCUGAACCGGAUGUAUGAUAAGAUCUUCAGCCAGGCCGACACGCCACUGAAGCGCUGGCUCCUGGAGUUUGCGGCAAAGCGCAAGCAGGCCGAGGUCCAGAGCGGAAUCAUCAGGAAUAAUAGUAUCUGGGAUGAGCUCUUCUUUAAUAAGAUUCAGGCCAGCCUUGGUGGACGUGUGCGGAUGAUUGUCACUGGAGCAGCGCCUGCAUCGCCAACAGUCCUGGGAUUCCUCCGGGCAGCUCUGGGGUGUCAGGUUUAUGAAGGGUACGGUCAAACAGAAUGUACGGCGGGAUGCACCUUCACCACACCUGGAGACUGGACCUCAGGACAUGUAGGGGCUCCUCUGCCCUGCAACCACAUCAAGCUUGUCGAUGUGGAGGAACUAAACUAUUGGACCCACAGAGGAGAGGGAGAGAUAUGUGUGAAAGGACCAAAUGUAUUCAAAGGAUACUUAAAAGACCAGGAGAGGACAAAAGAGGCCCUGGACAGUGAUGGCUGGCUUCACACAGGAGAUAUUGGGAAGUGGCUGCCGGAAGGAACCCUUAAAAUCAUCGAUCGGAAAAAGCACAUAUUUAAACUUGCGCAGGGAGAAUAUGUGGCACCUGAAAAGAUCGAGAACAUCUACGUCAGGAGUGAGCCUGUGGCACAAGUCUACGUCCACGGGGACAGCUUGAAGGCUUAUUUGGUGGGCAUUGUAGUGCCUGACCCUGAAGUCAUGCCCUCCUGGGCCCAGAAGAGAGGAAUUGAAGGGACAUAUGCAGAGGUCUGUAGAAAUAAGGACCUGAAGAAAGCCAUUUUAGAAGAUCUGGUGAGGUUAGGAAAAGAAAGUGGCCUUCAUUCUUUUGAACAGGUGAAAGCCAUUUACAUCCACUGUGACAUGUUCUCGGUUCAGAAUGGCUUGCUGACACCAACGCUAAAGGCUAAGAGGCCUGAGCUGAGAGAAUACUUCAAAAAACAGAUAGAAGAGCUUUACUCAACCUCCCUGUGAAGUUCAGGCACAGCUCUCAGCGUAACAGGCUGUGCAGCAGUAUCAUCGCUAUCCUUGAAAGUAAUGAGGCAGAACGACACAGCUGAAAAUGAAGAAGCACCUGAUUUGUGACUGAGCCUUUUCCUGUCCCAAGAGGUCUUUAACAAUAUUUUCUCUAUCAUCACUGAGUAUACUUUAUUUUUAUUAAAAUGAGAUACUAUAGAAAGCUGCUAAAAAAUCUCAAGUGGCAAUGUAAAAAUCAAGACAGUUUCUUAAGAACUGUGUACCACUUAAAGUAAUAUAUUCUCAAUAUUCAUGAAACUCUUAUUAAACAUAAAGGAAAAACAA